AUGCCCGGAAAACUCAGAACCGCCCUUCAAGUCGAUUUAGAUAAACCUGCCUCUGAGCAGCGUUCCCUUCAUAAUCGGUGGCAUCCAGACAUUCCAAGCUGCGCAACGGUCGGUGACGGAGAAACCGUCAAAAUUGAAUGUCUUGAUUGGACUGGUGGUCAAAUUGGCAAUAAUGACUCUGCUGACGAUGUGAAGAACGUCGACCUCAGCCGCAUUCACUAUCUCUCCGGGCCUUUUGAAAUCACCGGCGCGGAGCCAGGCGACGUCCUCCGCGUCGAGAUCGAAGAUGUCCAGCCUCUCGAGGAGCAGUCAUGGGGGUUUACCGGUGUGUUUCACAAAGAGAACGGAGGCGGUUUCCUGGACGAGCUCUACCCACACGCAGCCAAGGCAAUCUGGGAUUUUGAGGGCAUAUCCUGCACGUCGCGACACAUUCCAGGCGUCAAAUUCGCCGGCCUCAUCCAUCCCGGUAUCCUCGGCUGCGCCCCCUCUCAUGAGAUCCUAGCCGAGUGGAAUCGACGCGAGGGGGAGCUUGUCCAGGCAAAUACGCUUUCGCGCACGGUAGCCAAUCUUCCCCUUGAGCUCAACGCUCACGCUGGUUCAGCAGAUGAAGACAUUGCCCGUAAGGUGGCCAAGGAAGGGGCACGAACAAUCCCCGGCCGACCGGAGCAUGGAGGAAACUGCGACAUCAAGAACUUGUCUCGGGGAAGCAAGGUUUACCUACCGGUGCAUGUGCCAGGGGCCAAGUUCAGCGUUGGAGACUUGCAUUUCUCCCAGGGCGAUGGAGAGAUCUCUUUCUGCGGUGCUAUCGAGAUGGCUGGCACUAUUACUCUAAACUUCAAAGUGAUCAAGCAGGGCCAGGCACAGAUGGGAAUGGUCAAUGGCCGCUCUCCGAUAUAUAUCCCAGGUCCAGUGCAGCCACAGUUCGGGCCCUCUAGGAUGAUAUUCUUCGAAGGGUUUUCGGUCGACGAGCACGGCAAACAACACUACCUAGAUACCACAAUUGCCUACCGCCAGAGUUGUCUUCGUGUAAUUGAAUAUCUCCGAAGGUAUGGAUACACGGACUAUCAGAUCUACCUGCUUCUGAGCGCGGCUCCGAUCGAAGGGCACGUCGCUGGCAUAGUUGAUAUUCCGAAUUCGUGCACUACUAUUGGGCUUCCAAUGGAUAUAUUUUCCUUCGAUAUCCGUCCAGAGACAGUUCCCCAGCGGCACAUUUCCGAGUCCGACGCUUGCCCCGUCUCACACUGA